AUGGUGGUGCAAGGGCUGGAUGCGCACACACCAACCGCGACAGCCACGACGACAACAACGUCGUCUUCGUCGUCCUCGCAGAUCGCGUCGGCCUUUACGCCGUUGGAGGAGCGAACGCUAUCCUUUGCCCCGCACUUCUUCUACGAACGCUGGGUGAGGCAAGAGCGACCACGUUCAGCAGCCGAGCGAACUACAAAGAAGCGACGGCGAGUGGCGACCCAGGAACCAGAAGAGCCAAGAGAAGUGGAUGAAUUCGGCCGAGAUGUGGACCGAAAGCGAAGGAAGAAGGAAGGCAAGAAAGAGAAGAAGAAGCAGAAGCAGAAGCAGAAACAGGAAAUAGAUAUGGAGGAGGCGAAGGCCAGUGAGCAAGAAGAGACGGAGAAGAAGGCGCAGGAGAGGGAAGAGAUUGAAGCAGCGACAGGACAAGAACAGGGAGGGUUGCAAGAAGAGAGGCGAGGAAUGGCCAGCAGCGAGGGCUUCAACAUUGAGACUCCGUUGGGCAUGGCUGUUCUGCCGCCUGCUGACCUGCUCCUCCUUCACUAUGGCACCAUGUCACAGGGCCCAUUGGUGCCAGCUGAUGGUUACGCUGCAACACAAAACGAAAGAAGAAAAUGA